AUGGACGACCAACUAGAAGCACCCUCUUCACUCGCGCCUAAUAUUCCCAAAUCAACACCUGGAGAAGGCGAAGAUGAGCUCUCAUCAGGGGAGGACGAUGCCCCCAACUGGCUACAGCUCGUCCAGCCCUUAAAGGCAAAGAAACAGGUCAUCCCUCAAAGGGGGGAUAAAGAGUUUGAGCCUAAUGAGGCAGGAGAGACGAAGUUGCAGAGUUUUGCACUUGAGAGAGCGAGGGGGGCGAUGCUAGAGGCUUUGAGUGCGGAGAGGGGGAGCUCGAGCAAGAACCUUACGCAUAUGCUGUGGCACCCGUCUAUUUGUAGGGCCGAAGUACCGCAGACUAAAGGGAAUCUUUUGACUACUAUGGGACACUUCCUUACCGUACCCUCGGGGGUGACUGGGAAGAUGGGAAAACAGCUGAUGUUGCUCCCUGAGGAAGCGCUGUACCUCGUCGAGCGAGGGUCUGGGUACUGCUGGAGAGCUUAUGCGAAAAACAUACGAGAUGAGGCUGGGGUGCAGUCGGAUGAGGGCGACGAAUGGUCCAGGUGGGAAAAGCUUGGUUCGCCAAUGAGCGUACAGCAAGCGUACGCAGAGAUGCUAGGGAAGGAUACCAUGACACUGGAGAAAUACCAGGUGUAUGCGUACCUUCGCCGCUUGGGAUACACCGUCGUCCGCGCGCAGCCCCCGUUGAACACAAUGCUCUUUCCCCGUCCUCGGCCUCUCCCAGCCCCACCGUUCUUCUCCCACCUCUGGUCAGGCCUAUCCCAUUGGACUGCGGGCUGGACGAGGUGGUGGGUAGCGUGGAGGAGGAACUGGUGGAGCCCGUUAAGGACCGGUUGGAGGACCACGUAUCACGACAUAUUCGUUUCCCUCCGUCUCAUCCCCUCCGGCCACCAGCUGCCCUUGUAUAUCAAAUCCCAUCCUCCAGCCGGCUCACAGGCUGGUGGCACUCUCCCACCUGGCAUUAACGACCUCUCCUCCACACCCCCAUCGGCAUACGAGAUCUUUUACCACGUCUGGCGCCCCUCUACAGCGUGGAAGAAGACCUCCGUCCCACCCGCAGACUUUGAGCUUGUUGUGGUCGAUGCGAGGACAACGCGACUGCCGACGCUCGCUGACCUUACGCGGCUGUUUGGCGAGCUCCCAGUCCAGCCGCCACCACAACCCCGUCGACGGGCUCCCCCUGCACCCACUUCAUCCACCGCAUCCAACUCAAAGUCUACACCCAAGCCCCCAGCCCCACCUCUACCGCCCACGCUCUUCUCCCGUCUCUCCCAGCUUCUCGGCCUCCUUCCCAAGACCCCACCCAACCCCAAGCCCAGAGUCCAGCCUUUCCCCGCACUGAAAGCGGGCCGGAAGAGCGUCAUUAUCGCUGCUGUCGAUGGGGGGAACGUGAGCUUUGUAAAGUUUGGAGAGGGGGUGUUCGAGGACUAUCCUAUGGCUUGA